AUGGAGAACGCGUUUGCGAAGCCGAUCGAUGGCGUGCUCAGCACGCUCGGUGUGGACAAAACUACUGGUUUAACGGAUGAACAAGUCUCGAGGUUACAAGCCAAGCACGGGAAGAAUGCAAUUCCCGAAGAACCCCCAACACCCCUUUGGGAGCUCAUUCUCGAACAGUUCAAAGAUCAGCUCGUCCUGAUCCUCCUCGGUUCCGCCGCAAUUUCUUUCGUGCUCGCACUCUUCGAAGAUGAGGGUGGCUGGAGUGCAUUCGUCGACCCUGCCGUUAUUUUGACCAUCCUGAUCCUCAAUGCCGUCGUCGGAGUAUCGCAGGAAAGCAGUGCUGAGAAGGCAAUCGCGGCAUUGCAGGAAUACUCGGCCAACGAGGCCAACGUGGUGCGCAAUGGACAAAUCCACCGGAUCAAAGCCGAGGAGCUUGUGCCUGGUGACAUUGUCGAUGUCACGGUGGGCGCCCGCAUCCCCGCGGAUUGCCGACUUGUCGCCAUCGAAAGCAACAGCUUCGCCGUUGACCAGGCCAUCCUGACUGGAGAGAGUGAGAGCGUGGGCAAAGACUGUCAGGCGGUCAUUGACGACGACAAGGCUGUGCUUCAGGACCAAAUCAACAUGCUCUUUUCCGGGACAACCGUUGUGACUGGCCACGCUAAGGCUGUGGUUGUCUUGACCGGUUCAAACACGGCCAUUGGUGACAUUCAUGAGAGCAUCACUGCUCAGAUCUCCGAGCCGACCCCGCUCAAGCAAAAGCUCAACGACUUUGGUGACCAGCUCGCGAAGGUGAUCACCAUUAUUUGCGUUCUAGUCUGGCUCAUCAACAUCCCGCACUUCAACGACGCGAACCAUGGCAACUGGACAAAGGGAGCCAUCUACUAUCUCAAGAUUGCCGUUUCGCUGGGUGUCGCCGCCAUUCCGGAGGGCCUUGCUGUCGUUAUCACCACUUGUCUCGCCCUGGGUACACGCAAGAUGGCGGCCAAGAACGCGGUUGUCAGGAGCUUGCCCUCAGUCGAGACACUUGGCAGCUGCAGUGUCAUUUGCUCCGACAAGACCGGCACCCUGACCACGAACCAGAUGAGCGUCAGCAAGAUUGUAUACCUGAAUGACAACGGUACCGACCUUGAGGAGCUGGACGUCGACGGCACGACGUUCGAGCCUAAGGGCGAUAUCAAGUCCGCGGGCAAGGUAGUCCGGGAUCUUAGCCAAGAGUCAAACACCGUGCUCCAAAUCACCGAAGUGGCAGCUCUCUGCAAUGACGCCCGACUCGACUAUCAGCCGCACACGCAUACCUUCUCCAACGUCGGAGAGCCUACCGAAGGUGCUUUGCGGGUCAUGGUCGAGAAGAUUGGACCCUGCGCCCCCGCCGAUACCCAGCCUCAAGACCGUAUUCACUACGCCAGCUCCUGGUACGAGAAGAUGUACAAGCGGCUAGCCACCUAUGAGUUCUCUCGCGAUCGUAAGAGCAUGUCGGUCCUGGUUGAGAACGGUAGCGAACAGAAGCUCUUUGUGAAGGGCGCCCCCGAGUCUAUCAUUGAGCGCUGCACACAUGCGUUGCUUGGUCGCAAUGGCAAGAGGGUUCCUCUUGACCGCAGUCUCGUUGAUUUACUCUCGAAGGAGGUUGUCGAUUAUGGAAACAAGGGUCUUCGUGUCAUUGCGUUAGCUCGCCGUGAGCAGGUCAACGGCGAGCCCCUUCUCCACAAGGCCAAAUCCACCAGCGAGUAUACGGCUCUUGAGCAAAACCUUACUCUUAUCGGUCUCGUCGGCAUGCUGGACCCUCCCCGCCCAGAGGUCCCCGCUGCUAUUCAAAAGUGCAAGAAUGCCGGUAUUCGUGUCAUUGUCGUGACCGGCGACAACCGCAACACGGCCGAGACUAUCUGCCGCCAGAUCGGUGUAUUUGGUCCCAACGAGGACCUCACUGGCAAGAGCUUCACUGGCCGCGAGUUUGACAACCUGAGCCCCAGCGAGCAGCUGGAGGCCGCUAAGACUGCUUCUCUGUUUUCCCGCGUUGAGCCGACCCACAAGUCAAAGCUUGUUGACUUGCUCCAAUCUCUCGGUGAGGUUGUUGCCAUGACCGGCGACGGUGUCAAUGACGCCCCUGCGCUCAAGAAGGCCGACAUUGGUGUAGCCAUGGGCUCCGGCACUGACGUCUCCAAGCUCGCUGCCGACAUGGUUCUCGCCGAUGACAACUUCGCCACCAUCGGCGUAGCCAUUGAGGAAGGCCGUUCCAUCUACAACAACACGCAACAGUUUAUCCGUUACUUGAUUUCGUCCAACAUUGGCGAGGUCGUCUCCAUCUUCCUGACCGCCGCCCUGGGCAUGCCUGAGGCACUAAUCCCGGUCCAGCUCCUCUGGGUCAACCUGGUCACUGAUGGUCUACCGGCCACCGCGCUCUCCUUCAACCCACCCGACCACGACAUCAUGAAGCGGCAGCCGCGAAAGCGCGACGAGCCCCUGAUCGGUGGCUGGCUCUUCUUCCGGUACAUGAUUAUCGGUACCUACGUCGGCCUCGCCACCGUGGCCGGUUACGCUUGGUGGUUCAUGUUCUACUCGGAAGGCCCGCAGAUCAGCUUUUACCAGCUGUCGCACUUCCACCGUUGCUCGACCGACUUUCCCGAAAUUGGUUGCCAGAUUUUCACCAACGACAUGGCCAAGUCCGGCUCGACAGUCUCGCUGUCAAUCCUGGUCGUUAUUGAGAUGUUCAACGCCAUGAAUGCUCUCUCCUCGAGCGAGUCCCUCCUCACGUUGCCCGUCUGGGAUAACAUGAUGCUCGUGGGUGCCAUUGCGCUGUCGAUGGCCCUGCACUUCGCCCUGCUGUAUAUUCCCUUCUUGCAGACCCUCUUUUCCAUUCUGCCACUGAACUGGACCGAGUGGAAGGCGGUCCUGUUCAUCAGUGCACCUGUUAUUCUUAUUGAUGAGGGCCUUAAGUUGAUCGAGCGGGCAUUCUUCGUGCAAAGCACAACCCACAAGUUGCCCCAAGGGAAGAAGGACCUUUAG